GGGCGAGCAGCGGGUGAUGGGGAAGAGACGAGCGCAGCGCUGAGGUCCUGCGGGGCCGGAUGAGCGGAGGCUGGGCGUCGCGGCGGUGGCGGCGGGGCUGGAGGAGGGGGCGAAGGAGGCAGUAGGGGCGGCCUCCACUCCGGCUGCCCUGAGGGGAAGGAGCCCCCGACCAUGGAAAUCGAGAACAUCGUGGCCAACACGGUGCUGCUGAAAGCCCGGGAGGGCAAACGGAGUGGGCGUAGUAAAAAAUGGAAAGAGAUGCUGAAGUUGCCACCUGUUAGUCAUUGUGAAGGUAUUAGAUGCUCAAUCGAAAGAGACUAUAACCAGCUUUGUGACAAACAACCGAUAGGAAGACUUCUCUUCAGACAGUUCUGUGAUUCCAGACCAGAUUUGAAAAGAUGCAUUGAAUUUCUGGAUGCAGUGGCAGAAUAUGAGGUAUCUUCAGACGAAAAGCGUAUAGACUGUGGCCUGAAAGUUUUAGAGACAUACUUCACUAAUGGGUCUGCAGCACACUUACCAGAAAUACCUCAGGAAACAGUAAAUGAAUGUAAAGCAAGACUGGAAAAGAACCCUUCUAAGGAUCUUUUUAUGGACUGUACUAGAAUUGUCCAUGAAUACCUAAGCAGAAGACCUUUUGAAGCUUACCAAGAAAGUGUGUAUUUUUCCCGUUUUUUACAGUGGAAAUGGUUGGAAAAGCAACCAGUAACCAAACACACAUUUAGGCAUUACCGAGUACUAGGCAAAGGUGGAUUUGGAGAGGUGUGUGCCUGUCAAGUACGGGCAACAGGAAAAAUGUAUGCUUGUAAAAAGCUAGAAAAAAAGAGAAUAAAGAAGAGAAAAGGAGAAUCAAUGGCUCUAAAUGAAAAAAGAAUUCUAGAAAAAGUGAACAGUAGGUUUGUAGUUAGUUUAUCCUAUACAUAUGAGACGAAAGAUGCCCUGUGUUUAGUAUUAACCAUAAUGAAUGGAGGGGAUUUGAAGUUUCACAUAUAUAACAUGGGAAAUCCUGGCUUUGAUGAAGAAAGAGCUAUUUUCUAUGCUGCAGAACUGUGCUGUGGUCUGGAGGAUUUGCAGAAGGAGAGAAUUGUUUACAGAGACUUGAAGCCUGAGAAUAUACUCCUUGAUGACUGUGGACAUAUCAGAAUUUCAGAUCUUGGAUUAGCUGUGCAGAUUCCAGAAGGAGAAACUGUCCGAGGACGGGUGGGGACUGUUGGUUACAUGGCUCCAGAAGUGCUCAAAAACGAAAAGUACACAUUCAGCCCAGAUUGGUGGGGUCUUGGGUGCUUGAUUUAUGAAAUGAUUGAAGGACAGUCUCCAUUCAGGAAGCAUAAGGAAAGGGUCAAACGGGAUGAGAUUGACCGGAGAGUAAAGGAAGACCAGGAAACAUAUUCAGACAAGUUCUCAGAGGAGGCAAAAUCCAUCUGCAGGAUGUUACUUGCUAAAAAUCCAGGGGAACGACUGGGUUGCACUGAAGAUGGAGCUGCUAUUGUAAAGCAACAUCCUAUUUUCAAGAAUAUUAACUUCAAGAGGCUGGAAGCUAACAUGUUAGAACCUCCGUUCUUGCCAGAUCCACGUGCCGUAUAUUGUAAAGAUGUCCUGGACAUAGAGCAGUUCUCAACAGUAAAAGGAGUGAACCUGGAUACUACAGAUGAUGACUUCUAUUCCAAAUUUGUUACGGGUUGUGUCUCAAUCCCUUGGCAAAAUGAGAUGAUUGAAACGGGAUGCUUUGAAGAUAUCAAUGCAUAUGAAACUGAUGGUACUGUGUCACCCGACAGAGAGAGGUCUCCUAAACCAAAGAGAGGCUUCUUUCACAGACUUUUUAGUGGAGAGGUCUGCUUUAAAUCUGAUUGCAGUGAUGAUGAGCAGGAGUCCUCCAGACUUUAAAUCAUUUUACUCUCAUCAUAAAGGAUGAGCAAACUUUAAAUGUUUUAUAUCUCUGUAGCAAAGUGUAUUAUAUAUAUUUUUUAUCUGA